AUGUACGCGCUCGAGAUCUCGACAACCUCGCCGUGCCGGUCGGCACCAUACUACUCCCUGGUGAUCCGUAAACCGUACAUUCUCGGCCAGGACGCGGUGACCGAUAUAAGCCUAGCAUACGAAGGUGUCUCGGACGAGCACGUGUCCGUGACGGUGCUGCAUGAAAAAGAGGCGGCCCACGAGGUGGAGGCAGCCGCACGCACAGCGUCAGAAGAUGGGCACGAUAGCGACGUUGCGGCCAAUGACGCGCCGGGGGAGCAGCGCGGCGGGGUCUCUGAUGCGCCCACCGAAGCUGACGGUGAAGGCUGCAAGCUGGUAGUGCGUGUGACGGCCCUACCCACGAAGGGCGACGCUGAAGUACGUGUUGGUGAGACGAUCCUGAACGCGGGCGACUCGGCGAUCGCUCACGACGGCGACAUCUUAUAUCUUGGUGAUGGCAUCCGCGGCACUUUUCGCUACCGCCCGCUGAUGGUCGGCAUCGAGCGUAGUGCCUACCCCGAGGACUACAUGAAUGACCUGCGUCGCAUGUUCCGCCAACUAGGUGCGAUUCUUGUGGAUGAGCCGAUGCCCUCGCACGAGGCGCCGGCGAUUCCGAUUGGGCAGCUGUACUGCGCUGCCGAGCUCAACGACAGCACGAACUGCUUGGCUGCCCUUUCCUACGGCUACUCCAUCGUGCAGCCAACGUACGUGUUCGAGUGGUUCGCGGCGGUGGCGAAGAACGCGGCGGCGCCGCUGAGCACGCUGCCGGCGCCGUCGCGCUUCGAGGUGCCGGUGCGCUGCACAGCUCACCCCACCUCCACCACAUACCUCCGCCCUGAGUCGGACACCUGUCCCUUCUCACUCUUUCCCAUCCCGUCCACCGCCAUGAUCAACCGCUCCCGUGCCGACCUGUUCUCCAACCGCAUCUUUUUCUUCUUCACGGAUGCUGCGGCGACACGCUACUGGCGCGCAGUCGAGUGCUGCGGCGGUGCCGUCUACGGCCCGGGUGACGUGGAGGCGGCAAAGGAGGCGAUCCAUGCGCUGGUGGAGUCGCAGCGCGAGGCCGGUGCGCCCGCCAACCGCCUGCCUGAGAAUUUCUACAUCAUCAUCGACAACACAUCGGAGGCGGUACUGCUGAACUCGGGGCUUGAGGCGGCAUCGCCGGAAUUGAUGGCGUUCAUAGAGGAGGCCUGCGCCACCUCCGGCGCCACUCACUUGCCAGUGAUGGGCGACCACUCCCUCUUCACAGCUCUGCUAAGCAACGAGUUCUACGAGGAACCGGUGCCACUGACGGCCGAGCCCCCGACUGCUGCUGGCGUGGGGUGCAACACCGCGCACAGCGACACGGGCGAUGCUUUCGCGAUGCCGUCGCUCAACCCUCAUACGGACGACGGCGAGGAGGGUGCGGACACCACCACUGCAGGGGCGCUGCGGUCGGGGUGUGCUAGCGGUGGUGCCGCGCUGUCCGGGGUCCGCUCCGUCUCUUGCGUGAGUGGGCGUCGCGGCAGUACGUUGCAUCGCGCCACCGCCCACACCCUUUCAUGGAGCGAGAUGCGCUCCUUAACCCGCCAGCGUGCUCGCUCCUUCUCCGCAAGCACGCCUGGGCAGAGCGACGGGGGCCUCUUCUUCGCGAACAGCGGGCACCACUGGGCUGGCGGCACGGCGGCGGGCCACCUCGGCAGGCGUCACCUCGUGCCCUUCGCUGCUCAAGGUGAGCUGCGCGCCUUUGUGGAGUACUUUGAUGUGCUGCGUAUUCGCAUCUACACCUUCCUCGUGCGCGAGGAGCCGAAGUUGGACAAGGCCAUCACGGGCUAUCACAAGCACUACUUCAUGGACCGGGACACCAUGGAGUACGCCUUUGAGGUGAAGGCGCAGGCGGUCGACUUCAUGGAACGCGUGGAGGACCUACUGGCGAGUAACGUGUGCCAUGGCCCAUACACGGCGUCGCUGCGCCGCUUCUGGACCGACUGCAGCGACAUGAACACAAAGGCGGAACACCUGCUGCACUGCUGGGACCGGAGCAUGUCAGCCGCUGUCCUGCCUCGCUGCGCCGUCUCUCGCCGGGCAAGCAGCAUAGACAGCCGCCGUGCGACGUCGUCGCGUAGCAUGGCCUCGCGUGGUGCGGCACGGGCAGCAAACUCUCCUGGGUCGGCGGCGUGCAAAGCGGAGCCAGCCACGUCCGACACCAACGACGGCUCCGGCGGCAACCAAGCCACUGCGGGUUUCGUGGACGCUCACCACCCAAACGACAGCGAGGGUGCGUGCGAGCACCAGAGCGAACACGCAGAAGCCGAGGCGGUGAGCCACGUUCACGAGCAACCGAUGACGGCGCAGGACGUCGCUGCGGCGAUGGGCCGCUCUGGCGCGGUGGCCGAGUCGUCGGCCACCGCCCUACACACCCCCUCCAUCUCCACGUCCACCCGCACAUCGCAUCGCCGGUCGCCCGCGCCGUCGCUGUCUUAUUCUCGCGGCGCUGCUGCCGCCAAGCCGCGAUCGAUCCCCCUUGAGGCGCGGCCGCCGUGGGUGAGCGACUGGAAUGAUGAGGGCAGCAGCCUACAGCAGGAGCCGCAAAAGAAGCAGCGCCAGCAGCACAAGAAGCAGAAGUGGGCGGGGUCACGCAGGCCCGCUUCGCAGACGCCUGCACCGACCCCGAUGCCUUAUCCACCCCUGCGCGUGCCCCUGGCGACUCUUCAGCCUGAGUGCGCGACCGACUCGCCGUUGGUUGUGCGUGCGCGCUCGGCAAGGCGUCCCAGCAGCGCCCAAGCUUGCUGCCCGCCUCCGCAGGAGGAGCCGGAGCAACAGGCCCACCAGGAGGGCUUCGGCGAAGGCUCCACCAGGCCUGAGGAGACCGACGAUGAGACGCUGGUGCUGACCACGGCCACACAUGCUUCCGCGGAGGCAGCGGAGAUUGAUUUCAUCGAAGAAGAGAACGCGAGCCAAGUGCCAAGCGCGCCCGCGCCCGUCCCCGAGCCGGCCCCCGCAAAGAGGACGCGUGCGUCGACGUCGCGGCGCCCAUCGGGGCUGAUCAAGCAGCGCAACAACUCCGCGUCAGCCUCAAAUCGCAACAACUCAGGCUCCACGCCGCUCCGGUCGAACGGUCAGGACGCAGCUGCUCACGCUGCCGCCAACGGAAAUGGCUACCACCAGCGUGACGCGUCGGCGGUUGUGGCUGCGAACGGCAAUGACAAUACCCAGCAGCAGCGUGCCCGCCCCACGCGGAAGUACUGA